UGAGAGUGACCAGCAUAAAAACCAGAAUUCUAUUAGUUGUACCCAACAUAUUGUCUCCUUAAACUGGGGCCACUUCUCCAUUUAGAUAUUUUAAAAUGACUCUUUCUGCAGAAAACGUGACCGCAAUUGUGGACAAAUUAUAUCAGAAUGAGACACUAAUUGCUAAAGUUCCCAAACUCCGAGCAGCUCUUGGAUUACCUGACAGCGCAGAAUGGAAAACUUUAUAUUCCAGUUUCGGUGUAGGAAGAGUUACUGCUCAUACCCUCUUAACUCACAUAUUUUCUGAGUGGGUUGAGAAAAAUGGAGAAGAGGCCAGUAUGGAUACGAUUUCAAAAAUUCUAGAUACCCUUGGAGAAUCUAGCAUUAUUGAUUUCAUGGAAGGUCUCACAAUCCGACAGGAUAAUAAUAUGGCCGUAUCACCCCCUCCAGGAUUGGGGAAGCUUGAUCCAGGAAACACGAUGCAAUCUGAACUCGCCAAGUACAGGAUGCGACGAAUGGAGCAGACUUGGACACCCUCACUAAAUUCCAGAUUUCGCAUUGGCCAAAUUCCUGAACAGAUUCAACAACAGAUUUCCUCCUUGCCAAUCUUGUCUGUUAAAGCUGAACUUAUCGAGGCCGUGAAGAAGAACCGGGUCCUAAUCGUCGUGGGGGAAGCAGGGUCGGGAAAAUCUACACAGAUUCCAAAAUAUUUGGCGGAAGCCGGCCUGGCCGAAGCUGGUCUGAUUGGAUGCACCCAACCGAGAAGAAUUGCCGCCAAGUCACUGGCGGAGAGAGUGUCGGUCGAGUGUGGCACCACUGUCGGGGGCUUGAUUGGAUAUGUAAUCCGAUUUGAAAAAUGUGUUUCAGCCGACACCGUCAUUAAGUUUAUGACGGACGGCCUCCUCGUCAGAGAGUUUAUUCUGAAUCCUAAUUUAUCUGGAUAUUCCAUCCUCAUUAUUGAUGAGGCACAUGAAAGGACCAAAUACACCGAUAUCUGUUUUGGGCUUUUGCGAAAUGUACUGAACGAGAACCCCAACUUAAAAGUAAUCAUAUCUUCUGCCACCCUUGACAAGGAAAGGUUCUCGGCUUACUUUGACAACGCUCCUAUUUUUACGGUCUCCGGCAACAUGUUCGAGGUGGAAGAAAUUUAUGACCAGUUUUCCCGAGAUCAGUUGAGUUAUCUUUCAGGCGUUGUUGACAAAGUGUGUAGCGUUCAUUUCAACGAAGGACCUGUUUUUCCAGGACAUAUUUUGGCCUUCCUACCUGGGCAAUCGGAUAUUGAGAAAGCGUCAGAACAAAUCUUAAGUCGAACUAGGAAUCUAAUGGGAUCUCGUCACCUUUUGAAAAUGAAAAUCGUGCAAUGCUAUGGUCUCCUAUCCUUGGAGAGGCAAAAUGAGAUUUUUAAACCAGCAGAGGAAGGAUAUAGAAAUGUUGUGCUUGCAACGAAUGUUGCCGAAACUUCAUUAACUAUCCCUGGAAUUCGGUUUGUCGUGGAUUGUGGAUUUUUUAAACAAAGUGAAUACGAUCCAAAUACUGGGAUCGAGGAAUUGAAGAUGAAGCGAAUUACACAGCCGCAAGCUACGCAGCGCAAGGGUCGAGCUGGUCGAACUGAAAAGGGUAAAGUAUAUCGCCUUUACACCAAAUCCGACCUAAUCAGCACAUUUCCGUCAACCGGGCUUCCCGAAAUCCAACGCAGCAACUUGGAAUCCGUUGUUCUACAACUGACCGUAAUGGGUUUCAAGGACGUUUUCAAAUUUCAAUUUAUGGACACUCCACGAUCCGACGCAGUUUGUGAGGCGUUAGAGAAGUUGCAGGACCUUUCUGCACUGGACGAAGAAAUGAGGUUGACCCCCAUGGGUAGACAGAUGGCGCAAUUCCCGCUCGAUCCUAGCCUGGCAAAGAUUUUGGUGUCAUCUUCAAAGCUACGUUGUUCUGAAGAAGUACUAAUUAUAGUAUCGUUCCUCUCCAUCCAAAAUCAAAGUCUCUUUAAUCAAGAGAACUACCAGGCAACAAAGGACCUGGUGAAGGCCUCAAUGCACAAAUUCAGCCAUCGCAGUGGUGACCAGCUCAUGUAUAUCAAUAUCUACGAGGAAUGGAGAUCAGCUGGACGCUCAAAACAUUGGUGUGUCCAGAAUCACCUUAAUGCCCAAUUUCUUGAAGAGGUUCAAAAUAUUAAGGAUCAGUUGGCUGAGAUGAUGAAAGGGCUGCACCUGCCAAUCGUGUCAUGCGGAUCGAAUACAGUUGCCGUCCGUCAGGCCAUGUGCGCGGGUUUCUUCCGCCAGUUAGCCAAACGCCGUGGGCAAUAUGACUACGCUAAAUACCCAGACUCUGAUCGAGUACGUGGAAGUUUUUUCAUCCAUCCGUCAAGUUCCAUGUUUCCGGUCCGACCAGUUCCUUCAUUCGUUAUGUAUGCAGAGAUGUUCCGAACCAGCAAGAUGUACAUGAAGGGAAUCACAAUCAUUGAUCCAUCUUGGGUGGCUAGUGAAGCGCCAAUUUAUUAUAAAAAGAUGAGAGCCCUUUACCCAAACUUCGGGUGAUUUACAUACUAAAGGUCGUAAUGUUCACGAAAAUGUUAUUUUCGUGAACCGUAAAAUGUUAUUAACAGAAUUUUCUAAAAUUAAAUUAUUGAAAUCCAAAGUAUUGAAAAGUAUUAUUACAAUAAACACAGGUUGU